AUGGGCUGCAUUUGCUCAAAAGGAACACCAGACGAAGAAGUUAAUAUUCAACCUGAGAAACAAAACGAGAACUGGAGCAAAACAUCCUCAGUCCAAUUGGUUCCACCCACAACCUCCAAGAAAGAUGACUUCUCACUUAAAUCCGUUGAAGGAAGCUCCGGUGGACGCAAAACCGGAGGCUUACAGCAUAAACCAUCCGCUAGAGCCAGCGGGUUGAUUGUUCCUAUAGAUGAUAGUGAUGGCAAAACGGUAAUCGUAGAGAGACCUACUAGGUCUCACCGGAGAUCUUCCACUGCAGAUAUUGGAACAGGAAUAGGAGGAGGAUUCCACAUGUUUCAGCAGAGUAAUAACAUCCCAAGUGUUCCACAAAGCCCCGAGAUCGAGCUCAUUGCAGCUGGAUGGCCUUCUUGGUUAACCUCUGCUGCAGGUGACGCCAUUAGAGGAUGGGUUCCUCGUGCGGCAGAGUCCUUUGAGAAGUUGGACAAAAUUGGACAAGGGACUUACAGUACUGUGUACAGAGCUAGGGACCUUGAGACCGGGAAAAUGGUAGCCAUGAAGAAGGUCAGGUUUGUCAAUAUGGAUCCAGAGAGCGUGAGAUUCAUGGCCAGGGAGAUCAACAUCUUGCGAAAACUAGACCAUCCAAACGUUAUGAAGCUUGAGUGUCUUGUGACAUCAAAACUCUCUGGUAGCUUGUACCUUGUGUUUGAGUACAUGGAGCAUGAUCUCUCAGGCCUCGCUCUUAGACCUGGUGUCAAAUUCACUGAAUCUCAGAUAAAAUGUUACAUGAAACAGCUGCUUAGCGGGCUUGAACACUGCCACAGCCGUGGAGUUCUCCACCGUGACAUCAAGGGAUCAAAUCUGUUGGUAAACAAUGAGGGAGUUCUCAAGAUUGGAGACUUCGGUCUGGCGACUUUCUAUCAUCCUGAACAAGACCAACCCUUGACGAGCCGUGUAGUAACUUUAUGGUACAGAGCUCCUGAGCUUCUACUUGGAGCUACAGAGUAUGGAGCCGGCAUUGAUCUGUGGAGUGUUGGUUGCAUUCUCACAGAACUUUUCUUAGGGAAACCAAUCAUGCCAGGAAGAACAGAGGUGGAGCAAAUGCACAAGAUCUUCAAGUUGUGUGGCUCACCAUCAGAUGAUUACUGGAGAAAGACAAAGCUACCACUUGCGACAAGUUUCAAACCGCAACAACCUUACCAGCGUGUGCUUCUAGAGACGUUCAAGAGUUUGCCACCUUCUGCUCUAGCUCUUCUUGACAAGCUUCUAUCCUUAGAACCAGAGAACCGAGGCUCAGCUUCAUCAACACUAAACAGCAAGUUCUUCACAACGGAACCACUCCCUUGCAAUGUAUCAAGUUUGCCUAAGUAUCCUCCAAGCAAGGAACUUGAUAUAAAGAUCCGUGAUGAAGAAGCAAGAAGGAAACGAGCUGAAACUGUGAAGGGACGUGGAAGAGACUUCAAGAGUGCCGUUACAACACCAGAGUUCAUUGCUUCAGGGCAGUCAAAAGUCCCAAUCGGUACCACCGAGAGGUUUAAUCAUCAGGAAGACAAUAGAACUGGUUUGAGAGGAGAGACAGGAAGACGGGACAGAGAUAAAGGCGGCUUUUCUCAUACCAAUUCAAUGAUUCAUCCAAGCAUGACAACAACAUGGAGUAAAAAUGAGAACAGCUCUAGGAACAAUGGAAAUGAGUUGAAGUCUACACGAUCUAGCAACAUUCCCACGGCUGGGAGAUACUUGUCUCCUUCACAUAAAGUAGAUGCAACCGUAGAACCCACAACGAGAUACAUACGGAAGAAGAACAGAAUGCAUUGUUCGGGUCCAUUGAUGCCUCCUGGUGGAAACAUGGAGGACAUAUUGAAAGAGCAUGAGAGGCAAAUCCAAGAAGCUGUACUUUUGAAUCUCCGCACCAAGGAUGUGGUAAAGACUAGUGCUUUAUCAACUAGGUGGAGACAUCUCUGGAAAACAGUACCUAAAUUGGACUUGGAGAUUGCUAAUUUCCCAGAUCACAACUUAUUCUCGAGUUUCGUCGAUCGCUUUCUAGGUUUCAACACCGACUGCUUACAUAGUUUCAAAGUAGAUUACGAUUACUAUGCGGAUGAUGAGCCUGAGACUGGUCUCAUCAGGCGCUGGGUCACUACUGUUGUUCGCCGGAAAGUUAAACAUCUCCAUGUUGUAGACGACUCACCGGAAAGUUGGGAACUUGAGAUGCCUCCCUCGCUCUACACUUGCGAGAGCUUAGUCUCGUUGAAGCUCUCUGGACUAACUUUGCCUAGUCCUCCUCCAAAGUUCGUCUCUUUACCUUGUCUCAAAUGUCAAAUCUAUCCAUCUGAUCAUCGUCAAUCUCUGUUGAGCUUCACUCAUGUUUCGGAUGGUAGUGAAAGGGAUCUACUAGAUACUGGAAGGAGGAGGGAAUGA